AUGGCUUUACUUCUUUGGAAAGCGUUCGACUUCUUUGAAGUAAGCCAGGUCACGCUCGGCGACGACGAAACACGAUCAUUAUUCGAGAACAACGAGAUAUCAAGUGUAUGCUCUGGAUCCGACAGCCUAUUCUUCGGGAGCGACAAUGGCUAUGUGCGCAUCAUCGGACCCAGCUGGAAGAUUGUCCGGAGCUUCCAGGCACACGACACCGGCCGCAUUACCCAUAUGCACCAGGUCGAGGGGACGAGUUUGUUAGUCACAGUCUCUGAGGACCUCAGCAAUGAACCCGUAUUAAAAGUCUGGGCUCUGGACAAACCAGUCAAGAAGACAGGCUUGCCUACUUGUUUAAGCACAUUAAACAUACACAACGGGCGAAAGCAGUUUCCUAUAUCAUCCUUCACCGCUCUUGAUGAUCUGUCACAGCUCGCCGUGGGAUUUGCGAACGGUGCGGUCACGGUAAUACGAGGCGACUUAAUACACGACCGAGGUACGAAACAACGAAUCGUUUACGAGUCAGAAGAACCUAUUACGGGAGUCGAGUUCGUAGCUGAUCCAAAGCUUACAACACUGUUUGUCGCGACAACCUCCAAGCUCCUAAAGCUGGUUAUAUCCGGUAAAGGACAAGGGCAACCACCGAGGACGAUUGAGGAUGCCGGGUGCGCUGCCGGCUGCAUGACGGUAAAUAGCAAAACGGGAGAUAUCAUCGUGGUUCGGGAGGAUGCGGUAUACUAUUACACACCGGAAGGGAGGGGGCUCUGCUUCGCUAAUGACGGGCCCACGAGUCUAGUAUCGACUUUCCAGGACUAUGUUGCCCUCAUUUCCCCACCCCCGACUUCUGGUAGCGGAGGCUCUGACAGUAUUGGGAGGCGUUUUGGAGGAUCUAAUGCAGAUGUCCUUUUCAACGCUGCUAGGUUUACAAUGGUAGAUCCGACGCUUCAGAUAGUCGCACAUUCCGAGUCUCUUAUUUCCGAAGUCAGGGCUAUUUUCCAAAUAUGGGAUGAUCUGUUUAUUUUGACUCAGGAUGGAAAGGUUAAUCGCUACCAUGAGAAGUCGUUACAGCAGAGGCUCGAAUUAUUAUACCAGCGAAACCUCUUCCCGCUUGCCAUCAACCUCGCGCAGAAGUCUCACAUGGAGCCACAACAGCUAAAUGUCAUAUACCGGAAAUACGGUGACCAUUUAUAUCAGAAAGGAGACUAUGAUAGUGCCAUGUCUCAGUAUAUCAAGGCGAUUGAUAAUACCGAGCCAUCGCAGGUCAUCCGGAAGUUCCUCGAUACACAAAGAAUACAUAACUUAAUCGAGUAUCUCGAAGAGCUUCACGAGCAUCACACAGCUACCGCUGAUCAUACAACUUUGCUGCUAAAUUGCUAUGCUAAGUUGAAAGACGUCGAGAAGCUGGAGAAGUUUAUCAAAUCCGAGGGAGAUCUCAAAUUUGACCUAGACACGGCCAUAAAUAUGUGUAGACAAGGUGGGUAUUUUGAUCAGGCUGCUUACCUUGCUACCAAGCAUGGCGAGAGUGACCUCGUGGUGGAUAUCCUUAUCGAAGACUCUAAGAAAUAUGCGGAAGCGCUUGAUUUUAUAUGGCAUUUGGAUGCUGAAACAGCAUACCCAUCGUUGAUGAAGUACGCUAGAGUACUCUUAGAGAACUGUCCGAGCGAUACCACCGAUCUUUUCAUUGACUACUACACAGGCAAAUAUAAGCCUAAAGCCCAUGCAGUACCAGAAGAAACCCAAACGAUUUCAAGUGGCGGAUUGGCAGCUGGAGCUGCAAUAGCCGUGCAGAAUCUGACUAGCUUAUUACCGCUUCCAUACAUGAGCACUUCUGCCGUUCCUACGCCUAAUGGGCAAGGAUCACAGGCAGCCGUCAGCGACGCAGGCACUGUAAUAGAUCACGAGAUGAACACUGAACAGAAAUAUACCCCUCCUCCUCCCCGAACCGCAUUUUCGUCUUUUAUCGAUCACUCAGACGAGUUUAUCGUCUUCUUAGAAGCCUGCCUAAAGGAUGAUUCCCUUCAAGAGUCAGACAAGGUAGAUAUUUAUACAACUUUAUUUGAGAUGUAUCUCCACAAAGCAAGCGAACGGAAAGGAAUGCAGAGGGAGGAAUGGGAGCUUAAGGCAAAGAAGCUUAUUGAAGGACGUGAAGUCCCCAUCGAGGACUCCAACGUUCUCUUACUAUCUCACCUCUCGGAUUUCAGAGAUGGCACAACUCUAGUCAAAGAACAGUCGGGACUGCUGUUCGAUAUCUUCCGUUCCUAUACUUCGGCGAAGGACACGCGCGGCGCUAUUAAAGCCCUCCGCAAGUACGGACCCGAAGAGCCUCAGCUCUACCCGGCGGCGCUGGCAUAUUUCACGUCAGACGCCCGAAUUCUAGAGGAGGCCGGACCGGAAGAACUCGCCAACGUACUCAAGAAGAUCGAUCGGGACAACCUAAUGGCGCCUCUCGAGGUCAUCCAGACGCUAGGGACGAACGCCGUAGCAACGAUGGGCAUGAUCAAGCCGUACCUGCGAGAGACGAUCUCGCGCGAGCGGCGGGAGAUCGCGUCCAACAAGCGGCAGAUCAACUCGUUCCGGAAGGAGACGGAGGCGAAGCGGGCCGAGAUGGCGGAGCUGGGCACCAAGCCGGCGGUGUUCCAGGCGCAGCGGUGCCCCGGGUGCGGGGGUCCCCUCGAGCUGCCCGCCGUGCACUUCCUGUGCAAGCACAGCUUCCACCAGCGCUGCCUCAAGCAGCAGCAGCAGGGCGGUGACGGCAGCGGCAGCGGCGGCGGCGGCGGGGACGGCUUCGAGUGCCCCGUCUGCGCGGCGAACAACGCCGCCGUGCGCGCCAUGAAGCGCAGCCAGGUCGAACGCGCGGAUAGGCACGACCUGUUCCGCGACGCGCUGGAGAAAGGGGAUGAUAGGUUCAAGACCGUCGCGCAGUGGUUCGGGCAGGGGGUUAUGGGCGCGGGAACGGUGGAGUAGAGGAUGGUAUAGCAGUGUAGUGUUUUGUUGUGUUGUGUUGCGUUAAGCUGAGUCGCGUUGCGUUGAAGUUUGUGCUUGUCUAACUCUAUUGUAGAAUUAUAUCCCAGGCUGGGGGUAUCGCGUCUAUGAGGUACCUAAUCUAAUAUAUAUGGAGGCCCCCUUUUCUAUAUACAAUGAAUGCAUAUCUAGGUGCCUAAGUAGGUAUCUAUAUGCAUGGGUACCUAAAAUAACUCGGUACUUGAGAUGUAAAAAUUAGUUUUUACCCGUGACCCCGAAUAAAUUGUUAAGCCACCUUCCAACGGCUUCGCUGUUAACUUUGGACCGCCAGUCGGUAAUGUGGUGUAGGUACGCCGAUUUCAGGGACUCCUCUGGUAGACCUGUCCCGGAUAUUUCGGUGAUCUGCCCGUGCCGGACCGUCAUAGCUGCGCGGAAAUCCGGGGGCAGGUCGUCCGGUAGAGGCGGUCUAGGACGAGGGUCGUCGUCGGUUGGGUGCGUGGAGAAGGAGAAUUGCGGCGUCUGCGUGUAUAUCCAUUCCCGGGACUGUUUUACGAGAUUUCGAGGGGGGUCUUGUUAGUUUUCCGCAACUUG